GACUUCUUCGCAAUAACAGUUUAUUAAGGGAUGUUUUCAUAAUUAGGGUUUUACUAAGCGGAGUAUUGAAAACCUCUCAAAUGGCGGAUUCAAUUGGCAGAGCCCUACGGGAUGGCGCCUUGGAGGGAGAACACGCUCCAGCUCUCACUAUUAAGGAUUCCAUUGCUUCACCGUUUGGGUUCGACGUCUUCUCUCACGUCCUCUCCCAGCUCUCCUCCAACAUUUUGGCCGGAAAGUCUCAGUCAAGAGGUCUAGUGCUCGUUGCGUUUUCUCGAAGUCCAUCUUUUUACGUGAAUUUUUUGAAGAGAAGAGGAGUAGAUGUUGCUUCGUCUCCUAAAUGGAUUGAGAUUUUGGAUUGUUAUACGGACCCUCUUGGUUGGAAAUGUGGUCUAGUGGAGUCCGCAGAUGCUACAAGCCUCUCUUACGAAGCUUCCAACACAGCUACUAUUUGUAGGAAUGUGAAGGAUGUGAAUGAGUUGUUAUCUAGAACUAUCAAACUCGGUCAAGGAUUAGUUGGACAGGGGGGAUUUCGUUUCAGUGCUGCAAUAGAUUCGGUAAGUGAAUUGUUAAGACAUGCAUCAAUGUCAUCGGUUUCAGGCCUUCUAAGUAAUCUUCGCAGCCAUGAUCAGGUUUCGAGUAUCUUUUGGUUGCUGCAUUCAGAUCUUCAUGAGGACAGGGUCAUUGGUGCUUUUGAGUACAUGUCCUCCAUGGUGGCCAGCGUUGAACCAUUAAAUCAGUAUGCAGGUGGACAGAGAGGUACUACAAAUUCCAUUUCUUUCCUCGAACAAAUUUCUUCUAAAGGGAAGUUUAAUGUUCGGUUCAAGCGUAGAAAUGGACGGGUUCGAGUGGCGUAUGAGGAACUUCAUGUAGAGCAGUCUGGUGUGAACUUUAUGUCUAUUUCUCCCGAAGAUGGAGUAGUAAAUCAAGGUUUAAUCCCAAAGGUACAAUUUAAUCUUCAGCUGACAGAGAAGGAACAAAUUGAUAGGGCUAAUGUUGUACUUCCUUUUGAACAUCAAGGAAAUGGUAAACCAAUUCACAUCUAUGACGGCCGAAGAUCUCUUGCAGAUAUGAACUUCAAGGAAACAUCUGUCUCAACCAAGAAAGCAGAAAUAAAUGAGUGUAGCAAGGGUGAGAUAAUAUAUUAUCGUGAUUCAGAAGAUGAGAUGCCAGAUUCUGAUGAGGACCCUGAUGAUGAUUUGGAUAUAUGAUUGUGUUUACCUGUUCUCAGCACUGGAAACUGGCCAUAAGGCUGCUGAAAGGGCAUUACAGUGUGUAAAAUCUUCUCCUAGACAAGGUGUUUACUUUCAUAGUAGCUUAAAAAAUCAGCUCAAGGCCUUCACAGAUUUGGAUUGGGGUACCUUAUUUUGACACUAGUAGAUUCAUUUUAGGUCUUUGUGUUUUUCAUGGAGAUUCUUUGAUAUCUUAUAAAUCAAAGAAGCAACAUACUGUCUCUGGAUCAUAUGUUGAGGCUGAAUAUCGUUCCAUAGCCAAUACAUGUGAGGUUACUUUAUUAUUGUCCUUGUUGAAAGAGUUGGGGAUUGCACAUCCUAAGCCAGGUAUAUGAUGUAUAGUGAUAAUCAAGUUGCUUUUUAUAUAGCUGCUGAUCUAGUUUUCCAUAAACACACCAAACACAGAGAUUGACUGUCACUUGUUUUGUGAGAAAAUACAAUCUGGGUGCUUGAAAUUGCUUCAUGUCUCAACAACACAUCAGCUUGAUGAUAUUUUUACCAAGAUCAUUUUUCCUAAAUUUAUGCUUCUUAUUAGCAAGAUGGGAUUGAUUAGUAUUAUACAAUCCAUCUUGAGGGAGAGUACUAAUACUUUAGGCCGAUUAUUUCAUGCUGUUAGCGAGUUGGUUAGCUCAGUAGUUAGUAGUUAGUUUGUUAGACUUUCUGUUAUUUGUAUUAGCUGUCAGCUCUGAGCUUCUUUUAUCAUUAAUGAGAAAUAUCAAAGAAAUUUUCGUUCA